UUGUUGUUACUAAAAAUAGAAAAAAGAAAUUGUUGGGAAAGGAUAAAGCGAACGUUGAGUGUGAGGGUGUGUCUGGGCAAAGGCAAUGGCUUCAACCAUUAUUCCUCUAACCAACCCUCAAUUCGCUUCCUUUCAUGUUAACAAUUCUUUUCCAUCCACCAUCUCCAAGUGGGGAUGGAGAAGAGAGCAAGAUGCAAGUAUGGUUUCCAAUAGAAACCAGAGUCAAGCAUUUCGAGUCCUUGCUAAUCCCAAUGUAUCUUCAGGAAAGGAUGGUUCAAAAAAGGAUGUAAUCAUGGUUGAUCCUGUGGAAGCCAAGCGAUUGGCUGCCAAACAAAUGGAAAUAAUUAAAGCAAAAGAAAAACUCAAGAAAAGACGCCAAAUUGAGGCAAUUAAUGGAGCUUGGGCAAUGAUUGGUCUCACGGCUGGCCUAGUUAUUGAAGGUCAAACUGGAAAAAGCAUUUUGACUCAGCUGCAAUACUACUUUGGAGCAAUUAUUCACUUUUUUAUGCAGUAGACAGCCCAAAAGGUGCAUGGAUUAAUGGAUACAUACUAAAAAAAUGCAGAUUCUUUCUCACAUUCUUUGUGAAUAUAUCUGUUAAAGGUUUACCUACCGAUAAGGUUUUUUCUUCUCACACCAAACGAAACCAUGUGAAAAUUUUCACUACUCAAUUUUCUUUGUUACCUAUUGAUGAUACAUAUGUAACAUGAUUUUACAAAAGAAUUGUGCUGCUAGCCAAUUAUUAUUGCUU